AUGAACAAUAACAUGAUGAUGGCUUCCAAGACCAAUUCCAUAGCAUUUGGAGUUCCUUCUUUUACAACAUGCCCGUUUGCUAGAACUGGAACUAGAACCUGCUGCAUUCAUGUUCUUGCCAUCCCAAAUGCAAAAUCCAGACACACUAUAUCUCUCAGUCUCAGUUUGUUCAAGAGGAGGAGCUUAGGUAUUUUUCCUAGUCCCACUGAAACAACUCUUGGACAUCUCAACACACCAAUUUCAGCCCUUAAUUCAGGUUUAGAAGCAUCAAUUACAGAUUCCAACGAAAUUUCAGCUAUCUUAACAAAUGCCAAAAUAGUGCUAGAUUCCGAAGAUGAAAAUAAGAUACAACUGAGAGUGGACUUGACUGGUGAUCAAACACAAAAGGUAUUCGAUAGGAUCGUAACAAACUUAAGUCGUACUGCCCCACCAGUUCCCGGAUUUCGCAUGCAAAAAGGAGUCGUUCAGCUGUCUCUAAGACUGAUACCAAAUAUGCAAUCCAAUGAUGAGAGUAGUGGGAAAAGAAAGGAAACUGGAUUGUCAUUUUACUCUUCACAAUUACACUAUAACCUCGUUAGGAAAUGCAUGCAGAUCCCAAAGGACUUCCUUGUUCAGAUGCUAGGGGAAGAACGUGUUAUCAAGUUUGCAAUACAAGAAAUACUCAACUCUACCAUGGCUGAUUAUGUGAAAAAGGCAAGUGAGUUUUACCACUUCGAAAAUAUUGAUGGAGAGGACUUGAAGAUAAGCACUACCCAAACGGUAGAACAACUCCAAAAGUCGUUCACUCCAGGAAAUGACUUUGGGUUCAAUGUUAUAAUGGAACCUGAAAAUUCGGAAGAUUCUAUUUAA